AUGGAACAAUAUAUAAUAAGACACCCCCAAGGUUGUGCGAGAGCGGGGGAGGAUGAGCAACCUACAGGAUUGGUAACACCGGAAACAACACAGGAACGAACAACGACUACGAAUUUGAACAACGGAAAUGUAUGCAUCUGUGGGAAAGUUUGCAAGAACCAACGAGGUCUGAAGAUACAUAUGGGAAAGAUGAAAUGCAAGCCAAAUCAGAGCAUAUCACAACGCACAGGGCAACCUGGUGAGACGGAGGAGGAGGUGGUUCAGGAUACAAACCACAGCGACCACAGCCUCCAUGUGUUGUACAAUGAGGAGGACAGCAUGGUAGAGGGGAAUCAACAGGAAAAGGAGGGCUUAGACAACAACAGACAGCCACAAGAGCCAAAAAGAACACCAGACACAAGUGAGAACAUAAGAAGAAAGAAAGUAAAAUGGCCCAACAAUAAAAGUAAAAGUGAAUGGCAACAGUUUGAUGAGGAUGUGGAUGCAAUUUUGAACACAACAUUGGCAGGUAACAUAGACAGGAAGAUAGAAUUAAUGACAUCAUUUAUUUACAACAUAGGUAUGGACAGAUUUGGUGCAGAUGAGAAAGAGGUGGUGAGGCGAGAGGGUCAAAAGAACAGAAGAGAAUCCAAAAUAGCAAAGAUGAGGAAAGACCUAAGGCAACUUAAGAAAAGAUAUAAUCAGGCAUCAGAGGAUGAAAAACCAGCAUUAUCUGAGCUGAGGGACACCAUCAGGAAGAAACUCAAGAUAACAAGGAGAGCAGAGAGAACUAGGAAAAGGAGGAAAAAGAGAGAGAAAGCAAGAGCUCAAUUUACAUCAGAUCCUUUCCAAUUUACAUCAAGAUUGUUGGGGAAGAAAGGAUCAGGACAACUAAAAGCUAGUAAAGAGGAAGUAGAAGAAUAUUUAAGAGAAAUGCACAGUGAUCCAAAAAGGGAAGAUGAACUCCCAGAUAUAGAACAACUUAUACGCCCGGAGGAUCCAGAGCAGGUUUUUGAUGAAUCACCACCAAAGUUGAAAGAGGUAGUAGAUGUUAUCAAGAAAGGAAGGGCAGCAUCAGCACCAGGUCCAAAUGGAGUACCAUAUAAGGUAUACAAGAACUGUCAGAGAAUUACAAGACGUCUAUGGAAGUUAAUAAGAGUCAUCUGGAGAAGAGGUCGACUAGCAGAGAGUUGGCACAAUGCAGAAGGGUGCUUUAUACCAAAGGAAGAGAAGUCAGAGACAUUAAAACAGUUUAGAACCAUCUCACUGUUAAAUGUAGAAGGAAAGAUAUUUCUUGCUAUUCUUGCUAAAAGGAUGACAAACUACAUGCUGAGCAACGAGUACAUUGACAUUGCAGUACAGAAAGGUGGGGUACCAGGUGUAUCAGGCUGCAUUGAACAUACAAGCGUAUUAUCACAGAUAAUCCGAGAAGCGAAAGAUUCAAAGGGAGAGCUCGCAGUUGUCUGGCUGGAUUUAGCGAAUGCAUAUGGGACAGUACCACACAAGUUAGUUGAGUUGAUGCUGGAGAGAUACCAUGUACCUGACGGUGUAAGAGAGCUGAUAAGAGAGUACUUCAACCAUCUGCAGCUGAGAUUUACCGUUGGGGAUUUUACAACAUCAUGGCAACGUUUAGAAGUGGGAAUAGUGACAGGAUGCACGAUAUCUGUCAUCCUUUUCUCCGCAGCAAUGAAUAUGAUUGUCAAGUCAGUAGAGAAGAAGAGCAGAGGUCCAUGGAUGAAGUCAGGAGUACGGCAACCACCAGGGAGAGCAUUCAUGGAUGAUAUGACAAUAAGCACAAAGACAAUUAUCGAAGCCAGGUGGACACUACAAGAGCUUGAUAAGAUGAUCACCUGGGCAAGAAUGAAAGUGAAGCCUAGCAAAUCCAGAAGUUUGGUAGUGAAGAAUGGUAAAGUCAAAGAGGAAAGGUUUAAAAUAGGAGACGAAAUAAUACCAACAGUCUCAGAGAAGCCAGUUAAGUGUCUCGGAAAAUGGUUCAACAACACCUUGUCAGAUAAGUUGAAUGUGGAAGAUACAUAUAAGCAGUUGGACGACUGGUUAAAGGCAGUAGAUAAGAGUGGACUACCAGGAAAGUACAAGGCAUGGAUUUACCAGCAUGGGAUAUUGCCUUGGCUGCUGUGGCCACUUCUUGUGUAUGAUGUACCAAUGACAACGGUAGAGGGAAUGGAAAGAAUAUCAAACAGUUACUUACGUAGAUGGCUUGGAGUACCACGCAGUUUCAGCAGUGUGGGCCUAUACAGUUUAGGAACCAAGUUACAGCUACCACUCAAGUCAAUCACUGAGGAAUUCAAGGUGACCAAGGUUAGACAACAUCUGACGUUAAAAAACAGCAGGGAUGAGAAAGUACGAUCAGCAAAAGUAGAAAUAAGAACUGGCAGGAAGUGGUCAACAAAGAAGACGAUAGAAGAUGCUGAGUCACGAUUAAAACACAGUGAGAUAGUGGGCAGAGUUGCAGUUGGAAGACAGGGGCUGGAUGUUACACCUACAGCAAAAUGGAGAACAGCAACAGUGGAAGAAAAAAGACAUCUGGUACAGAAAGAGGUACGAUCAAUGGAAGAAGAAAGUAGAAUGGUAAAGGCAGUGAGUAUGAAGAAGCAGGGAAGCUGGUUAAACUGGGAGGGAGCAAGACAGCAGAAGUUAGGAUGGAAUGAGAUCUGGAAGAUGGAGCCACAUAGGUUGCAAUUUAAGCUGAAGUCAGUAUAUGAUGUAUUGCCAAGCCCAACAAAUCUAGCAACAUGGGGAUUGAUAGAUGACCCAAAGUGUGUUCUUUGUGGUAAGCCAGCAAACUUGGAGCACAUCUUAUCAUCAUGCUUGAGUGCUUUGAAAGACGGGAGGUAUACAUGGCGACACGACAAGGUAUUAGGGACACUAGCAGACACCUUAGAGAGAAACAUCAGGAAGCCAAGGAAAAACAAGGAAGGACUUACUUUUGUCAAUUUUGUUAAGGAAGGAGAGAAAGGUCAGAAGAAGAAGGUGGAAGGAAGUGGUUUAUUGGUAACAGCAACUGAUUGGCAAAUGUUGGUAGAUCUUAAACAGAAGUUACAAUUCCCUCCACAGAUUGCAGUAACAAACCAGAGACCUGACAUCGUCAUUUGGUCCGCCUCAACAAAACAGGCAAUCCUGCUGGAACUAACUGUACCAUGGGAAGAAAGAAUAGAAGAUGCCUACGAGAGAAAGAGACUGAAGUACCAAGAUCUACUUGCAGAAUGUAGAGACAAUGGAUGGCGGGUUUGGUUAUUUCCAGUGGAAGUGGGAAGCAGAGGGUUUGUUGGACAGUCUAUGUGGCGAGCAUUGAGAGCACUUGGUAUUGUUGGAGGGGAAAGAAGUAAACUGAUAGGGAACUUGUGUAAAGAGGCAGAGACAGCAUCGAUGUGGUUAUGGAGGAAAAGGUCAGAACAGUGGAAGCAGUAA